AUGUUGUUCCACGCGGCGGGCGCGGAGGGCAGUCGGCCGACGUUCUUCGAGAUGGCGGCGGCGGACUUCCUCCCCGCCUCGCUAAAAGCCGCCGCGCUAUACGCCCUCGGGGUGUUGGCACAGCACCGUCCCUCGCUGCACCGCCUGCUGGACCACAGCGACGAGCUCUCUGCUGCUGCGCUGCUGCUGCUGGAGUGGCACUCGCUCAAAACACAUGGCGCCUCCUUUGGUGAGUCCAUGUACGGCCUUCGCCGCAUCUCCACCGUUCCCCACCGCCCUUCACCCAGCCAAGCAGCACUACGAACAGGGGCCACAGCAGGGGGAGCAGCAGGAGGGGCGGAGGGGGCAGGCAGAGGAGAGAGGGCGGCAGGGGGACAGGAGGGCGGGUCAGCAUCAUACGGCAUGUCUCGCAAGCAGCGGGCGCUGUCUCUUCUCUUUCUGGUUCUCCUGCCCUACCUGCGCGCCAAGCUGCAUGCUCUGUUUGCUAUAAGCUUUGCUGCUGAUACACCCGCUUCUACCCCCACCUGCUCGUCCCGUUCCUCCGCUCCAGUUGCUGCUGAUACACCCGCUUCUGCCCCCACCUGCUCGUCCCGUUCCUCCGCUCCAGUUGCUGCUGAUACACCCGCUUCUGCCCCCACCUGCUCGUCCCGUUCCUCCGCUCCAGUUGCUGCUGAUACACCCGCUUCUGCCCCCACCUGCUCGUCCUUCUCUUCCGCUUUUGCUACUGCUGAUGAGCACGCCUGUGCCCCCACCUUCCCGUCCUUCCCUUCCGCUUUUGCUACUGCUGAUGUGCACGCCUGUGCCCCCACCUUCCCGUCCUUCCCUUCCGCUUUUGCUACUGCUGAUGUGCACGCCUGUGCCCCCACCUUCCCGUCCUUCCCUUCCGCUUUUGCUACUGCUGAUGUGCACGCAUGUGCCCCCACCUUCUCGUCCUUCCCUUCCGCUUUUGCUACUGCUGAUGUGCACGCCUGUGCCCCCACCUUCUCGUCCUUCCCUUCCGCUUUUGCUACUGCUGAUGUGCACGCCUGUGCCCCCACCUUCCCGUCCUUCUCUUCCAAUUUUGCUACCGCUGAUGUGCACACCUGUGCCCUCACCUUCCCGUCCUUCUCUUCAACUUUUGCUACUGCUGAUGUGCACGCCUGUGUAGGUCUGUAA